AUGUGUGGAAUUCUCGGAGUUUUGCUCGCCGAUAUGAACGGCUCUGCAGCCUAUGAGUUGCAUGAGGCUUUGUAUCUGCUUCAGCAUCGUGGACAGGAUGCAUGUGGUAUCGCUACAUGUGCCCACGGUGGUCGUAUCUUUCAAUGUAAAGGAAAUGGGAUGGCAUCCCGUGUCUUCCAGGACGGAAGUCGAAUCCCUGAGCUCCCAGGCUUCAUGGGACUAGGACAUCUGAGGUAUCCUACCGCUGGCAGUAGUGCCAACUCGGAGGCUCAGCCGUUCUACGUCAAUAGCCCCUACGGAAUUUGCUUUGCACACAAUGGAAAUCUUAUCAAUGCUGCCGAGCUACGAAAGUACUUGGACGAGGAGGUCCACAGGCACAUCAACACGGACUCCGAUAGUGAGGUCAUGCUUAACAUUUUUGCCAGUGCCUUACAAGAUACUGGCAAAUUUCGUGUGAAUGAAGAGGAUAUCUUCACUUCUCUCAAGGCGAUCUACUCCCGCUGCAAGGGUGCAUUCGCUUGCACUGCCAUGUUGGCAGGCUUUGGCAUCGUCGGCUUCCGAGACCAAUAUGGCAUUCGCCCUCUGGUUCUAGGCGAGAAGCAAAACCCCAACGGUGGCUUUGACUAUAUGCUCGCUAGCGAGAGCGUCGCGCUCGAUAUUCUCGGCUACGGAAACGUCCGAGACGUUCAGCCCGGUGAAGCCGUAUUCAUCAAGAAGGGAGCGAAACCUGUCUUUCGACAGGUUUGCCCUCAAGCCGCCUUCACACCGGAUAUCUUCGAGUUUGUAUACUUCGCUAGACCAGACUCAGUCAUUGAUAAUAUCUCGGUACAAACGGCCAGAAUAAAGAUGGGAGAGAUGCUGGCGGAGACUGUGACCAGCAUUUUGGGCGAGCAGGUAGUCAAGGAGAUUGAUGCUGUCAUCCCAAUCCCUGAGACAUCGAACACUUCGGCCUCAGCCUUGGCGGAUCAGCUAAACCUCCCGUAUGUCCAAGGGUUCGUGAAGAAUCGAUAUGUUUUCCGGACAUUCAUCAUGCCCGGCCAAUCUUCUCGAACAUCAGCCGUCCGCCGAAAGCUCCAUGCCAUGUCAACGGAGUUCCAAGGCCGAAACGUCCUUCUAGUUGAUGACAGCAUCGUCCGUGGCACCACCAGUCGCGAAAUUAUUCGCAUGGCUCGCGAGGCCGGUGCAAACAAGGUUUAUCUUGCUAGUUGUGCCCCGCCAAUUCGCAACGCCCACAUCUACGGUAUUGAUCUUGCCGAUAGGAAAGAGUUGGUGGCGUACAACAGAUCUAAGUCACAAGUUGCCCAAGAAAUUGGCGCAGACGAGGUGAUCUAUCAGACUCUCCCCAACUUGAUUAAAGCCUGUGCAUCGGUCAAUCCUUCGAUCAAGAACUUUGAGGUUGGUGUCUUUAACGGGGAGUACGUUACAGGUUGCGAUCCGGCAUACUUUAAGCACCUUGAAGAUCUCAGAGGCGAGAAGAGUAAAGCCAAGAGAAAAGAAGCGGCGAUGCAAGCUGUCAAUGCGGGUGUCGCUACGAAAGAUGAUGUUGGACUUGUACUUGAAACAGGACAGACGGCAAACGGACACCCGGUAGUUAAUGGCUCAGCGGUCAAGAUGCAGCAGCCUAGUCCUAAUGAUGUUAGUUUGCACAAUAUUUAUGAGAAUGGACGGUAG